AUGUCCACUACAGAAGGCUCCGACAACGAAGCUUUUCCGCAGGAUCUCGAUCCCGAUUCCGACAUACCUCCAGGUGUAUCUUCCAUCUCCUCAAGCCAAUGGCGCACAAGCUCCCGUCUGGCUUCCCGUGGCGAAUCCCGAACAGCAGAGGCGGAUUUCCUCAUCUCCCACCUACGGCGGCAGGGCAUUUCCGCAGCCCCAGACCUCCCUCUCUCCCAGCUUCGGAAACUCUCGGACCAAGUCCCCGGUGCGGCCUCCCAGCCCAGGGCAGCAGCUCCAGCCAACUCUCCAGCCAACUCUCCCGAGAGACCGGAGCGAGGACGCGGGCGUAGCCGCGGAGGAAAAAGGACGAGGAAGCGGAGCCCUCCACAAGCUCGCCCAGAAAAAAAAAGAAAAUCCAACUUUCCCCAAUCGCACCCAAGCGCCGGGCAGCUCGGGAGCCUCGGUAACCAGGACGACAGCCUCGCUAACACCCUGAAAAAUCUGGCAAGCUCCAUGCGGGGAAUUAACGCUCACCUCCAGGCCAUGGAUAAAGGCUCUGCUAGAGCGUCAACUUCUUCCGCAAACUGGGGCGACGCUCCUGCUCAGGGGCUUAGGCCGGGGCAGGGCCAGCUGAGGGCGAAAAUCCUCGAAAGGAAAGACGUUAAUCUCGUCAGCCUCAUCUUGCCUUCCCCGGAGUGUGACAAGUCUAUCGCCACAGGAGGAAGCUUCACUGCCGUGUUUAGGUCCACAGAUCCCCGGCUUCUGAAAGAUCUACACAUAGGACAGUUCCUGGUCGCUUUCGGCAUCUUCCGAGAUGUCCUAUGUACCGUUUACCCCGAAAGGAGAACCGAGUUAGACGCGUAUCUGGGCAUCAUCGGUGAUCUCCAGCUUAAAUACGGGAAAUCCAUUUUUUAUUAUUACCACAAGAGCUUUUCUAGCAAAGCAGCGCGCCAUCUAGCUCACUGCAACAUCCGCCUGGAUUGGUCCGUGCUGGACACUGAGCUGCUUGUCAUGGCUACCGGCGGGCAACAAGUCCACUCAUGCUCUACUUGCGGGACGCAGGGCCACACUGCCACUUUCUGCCCAUCAGUGCCUCUCUCCAGGGCCAGAGAUUUUCCCACGCCGUAUCCAGGGAAUGAUGGCCAAGAACGCCAGCUUCUGCGGGGAUGCGCAUCCGAAGUCAGUCUGCCCCAAGCGCCGCCGAAUCAACUUCCCGCAACAGAAACCACGUGGUGGAAAGACCUCCUAAAAAUUCACCCGUCCACUCCCAUUAACAUUCCAUACCUAGCCGCCGCGCUCUCUACCCACCCAGACUCAGUGUUCGUUGAUUACCUUUUGUCAGGGCUCUCCCAAGGCUUUAGGGUCGGGGUCCUCUCUGCUCCCCCCGUAACCUUCGUUGCAAAAAACCUACAAUCAGCAAAUAAAGAACCCAUCAUAGUCUCUCAGCUCAUUGAGAAAGAAUGUAACAAAGGAUACUUAAUAGGUCCUUUUCACUCAUCCCCGUUCUCAGUGUUCCGGACAAGUCCAAUAGGAGUAGCCACACGCAAAUACUCCGAAAAGAAAAGGCUAAUUUUCGAUCUGUCCGCACCCCGCGCCGGCCCGUUCUGCAGCUUUUACAGCCUCAUCCCUUCAGAGCCAUUUUCCCUUCAAUAUGCCUCGGUUGACGACGCAAUCAAAUUAAUAAAGCUCACAGGGCAAGGAGCCUGGCUCUCCAAAGCAGACAUCACUGAUGCGUUCAAAAUCAUCCCCAUCCAUCCGUCCCAGUGGAACAUGUUCGGCAUCAGGUGGGAAUCCAAAUUCUACUUCGCCGUCCGCCUGACUUUCGGGUGCAGAAGUAGCCCCUGCAUUUUUAAUUCUCUUUCCGAAGCCCUCUGCUCGAUCCUGCUGAACAUUGUCAGAAUACCCUCUGUUCUUCACUUGCUGGACGAUUUUCUCCUCGUAGAUCCCCCUCGGGACAACUCAGGCGCCUCCCUGGCAAAACUUAAACUCUGCUUUCAGAAGCUAGGCGUUCCCCUAUCCGCGGAGAAAACCCUAGGACCUGACACACGCCUGGAGUUUCUAGGCAUCACACUCGAUUCCGCAGAGAUGAAAGCAUCUCUCCCCAGCGACAAACUGCAGCGCAUACGUGAUAUUACCAAGUCAUAUUGCGGGCAACAAACCAUAACUAAACAACAGCUGCUCUCCCUCCUCGGGCACCUUAACUUUGCCAUGCGCGUCAUCCCCCAGGGGCGCUCAUUCAUAUCUCGCCUUCUAGACACAGCUUCGGGCGUUAAAAACCUCCACGACCGUGUUGUGCUAGAUGAAGGCUUCCGUUCAGACCUACGAUUCUGGUCCCUCCUGCUCGACCACUGGAACGGCAUCACCUUCUUCUAUGAUGACAUAGUGUAUUCCUCCGACUCAAUGAGGUUAUUCACGGACGCCGCCCCAUCCGUGGGUUUUGGGGGUUUAUUUCAGGGAGAGUGGUUUGCGGGCCCAUGGCCUCCCACAUUCCCCAAUCAUGCCUCAUCCUCCGCCCUGCACGAGAUCUACCCUAUCGCAGUUGCCUGUUAUGUGUGGGGUCACCUCUGGCUACGGAAACGCAUCUCGGUGCUCUGCGACAACCAAGCAGUAGUGGGAAUAAUUAACAAAGCUCGCUCCCCGUGCAAUGACAUUAUGCCGUUUAUGAGAAGCAUCACAUGGUCUUCCAUUACCCAUAACUUUCUCAUCUCAGCUCGUCAUGUUCCCGGUUACCUCAAUACAGCGGCUGACUCCCUCUCUCGCUUAUCUUUCCAUGCUAGCCAUUUUAGUCUAAAACUUAAGCACUCCAAAUGUGGAGGCGCUUGCUCCGCUAGCGCUGCUCGCAACGAUUCUCCUUUCUGCCCCUAUAAAUCCAUGAUUAAAUUCCUGCAUUUGAGAUCUUCCACAAAUCCUCUCUCACCACUAUUUCUUCUUCCAGGGAAUAUUCCCUUAACUAAACACCGAUUCAACUACUAUUUAAAACAAAUUCUCUCUAAAUCCGGACUAUCACCCCAAUUAUUCUCGGGGCAUUCGUUCAGGAUAGGCGCAGCUACAUCUGCUGCCAUUCAAGGAGUCUCAUCCUCAUCCCUGCAACAACUCGGACGGUGGUCCUCCUCUGCCUUCACAUCCUACAUUCGCCCGGACAUCAGUGCCGUGCUGGCCAUCCAAAGGUCCCUCAAACACUAACGAUCUCCUCAAUCAGCCAGCAAGGUAAGAAAUGCUCACAUCUCAGCACUUCUUACUUCUCUUCUCUUCGG